UGAGCACUAGCUUGAAGUUGUAAAGCCUGACCAGCAGGCAGUAGAAAGAUGAGCUCCAGGCACCCACAGCUUCACCUCAUCCUACUACUGCUCCCAUACUACUGCUCCACCCACACCACUGCCAACGGUGGCAAUGGAACCACAACCCAGUGCAUCCCUGACCAUUCUUCGUCUCUCCUCCAACUGAAGCACUCCUUCCUCAACCCCAACCUCUCGUCAUGGCAGCAGGGCUCAGACUGUUGCCACUGGGAGGGCGUCGGGUGUGAUAGGGAUUCCGGUCAGGUGAUCACUUUGGACCUCAGUUAUCGUAAACUGCAGAGCAUCAGUGAUCUCAGCUUGACACUAUUCAACCUCACCUCGCUCAGAAAUCUCAACCUCUCUGGUAAUGACUUUGGCUUGACCAACCUUCCUAGAUUCGGAUUUGAGCGGCUGAUCGAGCUCCUCAGUCUCGAUUUGUCUAAUACACGGUUUUUUGGUCAGAUACCCAUUGGGAUUGCACACCUUGAGAAUUUGCUUACGCUUGAUCUUUCUAAUAAUGAUCUGUAUCUCCGAGAGCCAAGUUUUCAAACCCUCAUAGCAAACAUGAGCAAUCUGAGAUCGCUCAAUCUUGAUACUGUGCAAAUCUUAAGCGGUGCAUCAACUUGGUCCGUUGCAUUAGCAGACUCUGUUCCUCUACUACAGGAUCUUGGUUUGUUUCAGUGUUCACUAAGUGGUCCAAUUCACCAUUCAUUCUCCCAACUCCAUUUUCUAGCAACGAUCAACCUCGCAGCUAAUGUAAUUUCUGGACAGGUUCCUAGCUUCUUUGCAGAAUUCUCUUUCUUAAGCCACCUUGAUCUCUUUCAUAAUAAUUUUGAAGGACAAUUUCCCACGAAGAUCUUCCAGCUAGGAAAUCUCACAUAUCUUGAAGUGUCCUACAACCCCAGUCUUUCCGUGCAACUACCAGAUUUUCCACCGGGAAAUAUUUUGGAAUCUUUAGACGUGAGGGAGACAAACCUUUCGAUUGCCAUACCAGACUCCCUUUUCCAUCUCAACUCGUUGAAAGCCUUACGCCUUAGCACCACAGGAUUUCCCAAGCAUCUCAUUACUGCCAUAGCUAACCUUACGUCCCUAGAGUCAUUGUGGCUCUCUGGGUCAGGAAUAGAGAAGCCAAUGCUCUCUUGGAUUGGAAGAUUUAAGAAUCUGACAGACUUGUUGCUGAUAGACUAUGAUUUCUAUGGGCCGAUUCCAUGGUGGAUCAGAAAUUGCACGAACUUAAUGUUCUUAGAGCUCUCUGCUUGCAAUUUGUCUGGGGCAAUACCCUCGUGGAUUGGGAACUUUACCAAGCUUUCAUUUUUGGAUUUAUCAAAUAACCGGUUGACCGGCAAAAUCCCAACCAUUCUAUUCAAUCUUCCUUCAUUGGAAGAACUACAACUAUCAUCAAAUGAACUUUAUGGGACUCUAGAAGACAUUCCAGACCACUUGUCUACCUUCAUGGAGCACAUCGACCUAAGCAAUAACAACCUUGCAGGCAAAAUCCCGAAGGUUCUGUUCACUCUUCCGUCAUUGGAAGCACUAAUACUAUCAUCAAAUGAACUUUGUGGAACUCUAGAAGAUAUUCCAGACCCAAUAUCUUCCUUCCAGUACUUCAUCGACCUAAGCAAUAACAACCUUGCAGGUCAUAUACCCAAAUCUUUGUUCGACCUUACGAGGCUUCAAUAUCUAUUCCUUGACUCGAAUCAGUUUGAAGGCACCGUAGAUCUUAGCCUGCUUUGGAAGAUGAAGGCAUUGGAUACAUUAAGGAUCUCCAACAAUAUGUUAUCAGUGAUAGAUGUUGGGGGUGGCUAUCCAUUUACUUUUAUCCCUCGCAUCAGAGAACUAGGAUUAGCGCACUGCAACCUUACAAAAAUUCCUAUUGCAUUGAGGUACGCAAAUGAAUUGUCCUUCUUGGACCUCUCAAACAACCGAAUAGCUGGAGUCAUACCAAGUUGGAUAUGGGUGAAGUGGAAGGAUAUAAUCUCGUUAGACCUCUCAAACAAUAUUUUCACUAGCCUUGAAAACUCUCCAUCUGUUGUUCAUAUGCACAAUUUAUAUUAUCUAAAUCUUAGUUCCAACAAACUGCAUGGCACUGUACCUAUACCACUCGCAGCUAAGUUCGAGGCUGUAGUGUUCUUAGAUUACUCAAACAAUAGCUUCUCUUCUAUUAUGCCUGACUUUGGUAGGUACCUUCCCAACAAUACCCUUUACCUUGAUUUGUCCAGGAAUAAAUUAAGUGGUCACAUACCAAGGUCUAUUUGUAUCCAACAAGAUCUUGACCUACUGGACUUAUCAUACAACAAUUUCAGCAGCGUGGUGCCAUCUUGUCUAAUGCAAGGUAGCAGCGGCUUGAGUACAUUGAAGUUGAGAGAGAAUCAUUUCCAUGGGAUGUUGCCUGAAAAUAUUGGAGAAGGAUGUAUGCUUCAGACAAUAGAUCUGAACAACAACCAAAUUGAAGGGAAAAUACCCACAUCACUAUCAAAUUGCCAAGGCCUAGAGCUCCUUGAUGUUGGUAACAAUCAAAUUGUUGGUUCUUUUCCAUCUUGGUUAGGUGUUCUUCCACAUCUUCGAGUUCUUGUCUUGAGAUCCAACCAACUCAGCGGCACCAUAAGGGAUAUUAAAGGUGAUCAUACAAUCAACAACUACUUUGCAAGUUUGCAAAUACUUGAUUUGGCCUCCAACAACUUCUCCGGAAACCUACCAAAUGGAUGGUUUAAUGAACUGAAAGCAAUGAUGGAAAAUGUCAGUGAUGAGGGACAAGUUCUAGGACAUGAUGCAAAUUCAAUUUCAAGAUUUUAUCAAGAUACUGUUACCAUCACAUUCAAAGGGUUUGAUCUUAGUUUCACCAAAAUUCUAAGAACUUUCAAAGCAAUUGAUUUAUCGAAUAACUCGUUUGAUGGACCACUUCCGGAGUCAAUUGGGAGGUUUGUUUCCCUACACGGACUUAACGCAUCAUACAACAACUUCACGGGACAAAUUCCAUAUCAGUACAGCAACUUGUCUCAGCUGGAAUCGUUGGAUCUCUCUUGGAACCAGAUAACAGGGGAAAUACCACAGGAGUUAACCUCACUUACUUCUCUUGAAUGGUUGAAUCUUUCAUACAACAACUUGUAUGGAAGAAUCCCGCAAGGCAACCAGUUCUCAACAUUUUCGGACAGUUCAUUUGAAGGUAAUCUAGGCCUUUGUGGAGUUCAACUCUCCAAGCACUGCGACAAUCAAAGUUCAAUUGCUCCAAGUGAAGUGGCUCCUCCAGAAUCUGACAGCUUGUGGCAGGACAAACUCGGUGUUAUCCUUUUGUUCGCGUUUGUUGGCUUGGGAUUUGGAGUCGGCUUUGCACUGUCAUUCUUGUUGCGAUUGUAUUGCCGCAUGGAAGGAUGGGUCUGCAAGCAAUCAUGAAUCCAUAUGUAAUACUAUUCGCAUACUAUGUACUGUAUUGAUUUUUCUUCCUGAAAAAUGAUAUGCUGUGUGCAUAUGGGUUGUACUUUUUUUAGGAUGCACAGUAUGGGUUGUACUUUUUUAGGAUGCAUAAUAUGGGUUGUACUUUUAUAUGAGGCAACUUAAAUAAACCACUUUUCUGUGGCAGAAA